AAACUCUUCCGUUUACAAAUACAGGACAGACUUCAACCAGUCUCCCUCUGAAUUGAGGCUGUACAGUGAUUUUAUUUAGCAAACCUGGUCGUUAUGCGGUUUACACAACAUUAUAACAGCUAGCUUUGGACUGUGUUUACUUUUACAUCGGGUUUCGUCGUCAGACAUGGAGAAAUUUGAAGGCUACAUCUUCACUGCUCUCUGCAGCACCAACUUUUUGGUAUCCUGCCUGCUGUUCUCCAGAGUCACUCGGGAGCAAAGGGAGCCGUACAUGGACGAGAUUUUCCACAUCCCACAAGCUCAGAAAUACUGCCAUGGAAAAUUCAACGAGUGGGACCCAAUGAUCACCACUCUCCCGGGCCUUUACCUCAUCUCUGUGGGAGUCAUCAAACCAGUGGUAUGGCUCGCUGACCUGACAGGCGAGGUGGUGUGCUCCACGGCCAUGCUGCGCUUCAUCAACUUGCUCUUCAACUGUGGCAACCUUUACCUGCUCUAUCUGCUCAUCUGCAAGCUGCACCUCAGAGAGAAGACACGAACAACAUCACGCCGGGUCCUAUCAGCGCUGUCUCUAUCCACCUUCCCUGUGCUCUAUUUCUUCAAUUUCCUCUACUACACCGACGCCGGAUCUACUUUUUUUAUCCUCUUCACCUACCUCAUGACACUCUACGGCUGCCACAAGGCCUCAGCGCUCCUUGGCAUUUGCUCUGUGCUUUUCCGCCAGACAAACAUUAUCUGGGUGGCGUUCUGUGCAGGCACUCUGGUGGCCGCCAAAAUGGAUGAGGCCUGGAGGGUGGAGCAUACCAAAAAGAGGGAUGAGAAGUCUCCUCCAUCCCAAGUUCCUCUGUCAUUCAGCGGAGCAAAGAAAAUAAUACUUUUCACAGUAGAGUUCCUCACCUCACCUAGUCACGUGAAGGCGGUGCUGCUGGUGGCCUGGCCUUAUGCAGUGGUUGGCAUUUGUUUCCUGCUGUUUGUGGUGCUGAAUGACGGGAUCGUGGUGGGUGACAGGACGAGCCACGAGGCUUGCCUCAACUUUCCUCAACUCUUCUACUUCUUCUCAUUCACCCUCUUCUUCUCCGUCCCCGUCUCACUUUGUUACCACCGCGCCCUGCGCUUCCUGCAGGCUCUGAAAAAACAGCCCUUGUUCUUCCUCUUCGUCACCGGUGUCUCCUUGCUCCUGGUGUGGAAGUUCACCUUCGUCCACAGGUACCUCCUGGCGGAUAACCGCCAUUUCCCCUUCUACGUGUGGAAAAAGCUUUUCCAGAGGCACGAGCUGGUGCGCUUCCUCCUCAUCCCAGCAUACAUCUUUGCUGGGUGGAAUUUUCUGGACUCCUUCAAGUCGCGCUCGCUCUUCUGGAGUUUGGCUUUCCUGGCGUGCCUCCUGGCUGCCACAGUGCCCCAGAAGCUGCUGGAGUUCAGGUACUUUAUUGUUCCCUACCUGAUGUACCGCCUGCACAUGCCUCUCCCCUCUCUUCCCAGACUCGUUGUGGAGUUUCUCCUCUACACGGCGGUCAACGCUGCCACAAUUUACAUCUUCAUCACUAAGACUUUCCACUGGCCGGACAGCACCGCCACACAGAGGUUCAUGUGGUGAAGACAAGAGGCAAGCGAAGUAGUGUCGCUGGUAUCAGAUAUCAGAUGGACUCAAACGUCUGUUGGCAUCAAAGGACUUUCCCAGUGUUGCUUUACAGAGAAGCACAGCACAUGUGACACUUCAAAAGUCAAAGCAAAGCCUCUGUUACAUCUGUUACAUCUGAUUAACAGACACAAACAGCUCAUAUAGUCAUUUCAUUUUUGUAGAGUGUAACCAACUGGUGUUUGGUAUAAAGUAUAGUGAUUUCUACAGCUUCUACUCAGAACCAGUAUUGCUAGUUUUAACAGUGAAAAUGUGUAAAGAAAGACCCUGUAACGCUGAGUCAGAUGUCAAGGUUUUUAGGGUUAUGAUAUGAUAACGGCUACAAACCUUAAAGAAGUGCUGCCAGUUCACUGUGGAUCAGUUUACAAUUACAUGAAAAUGACCAAGAAAAUUUCAAAAAAGUAUUGAUUUUGUAAAAAUGAUUAAAGUUUUUGGCGUGGACAAUACAGUGGUGUAGUCAGUAUUGUAACAUCAUUGGUAAUGGUCUGAGUUUACUGUAUAUACAAGUUGUUUGUACUGUAACAACACUUUGUUGUUGAAAUGCUGAUUCUUCUCCAGGGUGGAAAAAUCUAAGUUGUGACAUUUGUUUUGCAGAUUUCUGGGAAUUAACAAGGUGGGGUGUGGUUUUCUUCUGGCAAACAGUUUUCUACUAAAUGUAAAUACUGUAUGCAUCUCUGUGAAUCAAGCUUUGAAGAAAUAACUGUUGACAUGAAAUAUGUAAAUACGAUUCAAGAGACCAAAAAUGACAUAGCCAUAUAUAUAUAUAUAUACAUAUAUAUAUAUAUGUGUAUUAUUGCAAAGCUUCCAAUGUUUUUGUAAUGAUUGAGGUUUUUUGCUUUUUGCCGGUGAAGAACACGUGACUCACAGAAAACUUUAUAAUUAUAGAACUAAAUUGAACAUGUGUUUUUCCAUUUUUACCUUGAUUUGUACUUUGCCAAGCCAUAAGACAUUGUUCAUCUAGGCGUUUGUGUCUUUUGUCUAUCAUGAAGUUUAAUUUUUUAUACUUUGUGGUUUAAUUGUAAUAGAUGAUGUCAUCUCUUGUACGUUUCCCCCCUUUUUGUCCAUUUAAUUUAAGUUGAUCUCAGUCACAACAGGACGUGGUUACAGCUUCAGCUUGAGACUUUCCAGGGUUGAGUUGAGGAAAUUCAGUCAAAUCUUGAUGUGACAUCCUGUAAUUUAUUAAAUGUAAUUAUUUCAGAUUUUAAUUCGUUAUGCAAGUGUUUUUCGUUUGUAUCUGAGUCUUGUUUCUGUGUCUGUGUUUGCUCAUUUGUCUGUAGCUUAUGUUCUGCACUUCCUGUCCAUCCAGCUCUUUGCUGUUCCCCUAUUGAUACAAUCUUAUGUAUAUCUUUGAAUAAAAUGAUUCAUGCAACA